GAAUCUCAUUGUCUCUGUUUCUUUUGUGCCUUCUUAUGUCUUGUUUCCCGCAUGUGUUCUACCCGCGUCAGUCAGCAAAUGUUGCGCAUCGCCCAGUAAACAGCCCGAGUCGAUGGAAGCGACACUGCAAAGGCGCAUUUCUGGACGACGGCGGCCUUGUCUGCGCUCGAUAAUUGCCUGAGAAAAGGGAAAACAAGAGGGAGCUGAAGCAUAAAUAACACGGCCACUACAAGUUUGAGAAGCACGACACGAAGAAAUCAUAUACAUCAGCUCUACAGAUCUGCGUACCAUGACAUAGCGCAAGAUCUCAUAGCACAGACCACGAUCAUCCUACUCCUCCGUACAGUGUGUGCGCAGUCUAAGCCCAAAUAAUGUCGCGUCCUCCUCCCAAUGCAAGAUCCUCGGUCGCCAGCGGCCUGGCACCACCGAUCCCUCCGCCAGGGUAUCCUAACAGCGCACAUGGAUCUGCCGUGUUUGCGCAUCAUCCUCCCCCGCCGCCUCUGAGCGUCGCGCCCACCAGCCGACCACAAUCGCGACUCGAGCCCCCUCCGCUCUCAUCGACUGUGGGACCGAUGCCCGGGACCCUCGAGCGACCCCUCCAGGGCCCGCGCAAGCGACUCAUCGUGACGUGCGACGGCACGUGGCUGGAUGCGGACAACGGGAUCCUGCGCAACGGCACGAAACAGCCGCCGUCGAACGUGAGCCGCAUCGGAUGGGCGAUCAAAGACACGUCGCGCGACGGCAUCCCCCAGAUUGUCAACUACCAGGCCGGCGUGGGCACGAGCGGGGGAGCGGCGGCGCGCGCGGUGGGCGGCGCCACGGGCAUGGGCUUGAAGGAGAACAUGCGCGAGGCCUACACCUACAUCGCUAUCAACUGGAAACCUGGCGACGAGAUUUUCCUCAUCGGCUUCUCCAGGGGCGCCUUUACGGCCCGGAGCGUCGGAGGCAUGAUCGGUGACCUGGGCCUGCUGACACGCGCAGGUCUGCCUUUCUUCAACGAGAUCUUCGAGGAUUGGGAACACCGCAUCGACGAGAGGUACGUAUCGAAAUUCCCCGACACACCAUUCCCCGACAAGGGGCCCUUCGACAAGGCCUACGUGCACGAGCUGGUCCGGAUGGGGCUCACGACGGUGAGCGUCCCUAUCAAGGCCAUUUGUUGCUGGGACACGGUGGGUAGCUUGGGUAUCCCGCGGGUCGGGUGGCUCGAGUCGUUGGGUCUCCAGGCCCGGGGGAUGCACAAGUACGAGUUUUACGACACUCGGCUGAACCCGUGCGUGGAGAACGCGUUCCAGGCGCUCGCGCUGGACGAGCGUCGGGGUCCCUUUGCGCCCGCCGUGUGGGAGAAGCGAGACGGAGACCGCACGAACCUGGUGCAGUGUUGGUUCAGCGGGGUGCACAGCAACGUCGGCGGGGGUUACGAGGACCAGGAACUCGCCAACAUCACUCUCGCGUGGAUGAUGAGCAAGUUGGAACCGUUUUUGGAUUUUCGGCCAAACUUCCUCAUGACCCAGUGGGACGAGAACAGGGCGUACUACAAGAGUACCGGCCAGAAAACGAGGUGGUGGGGUUGGGGGGAGAUUUACAACAGUCUCAAGGGCUUGUAUUCUUUCACGGGGGCGAGGACGAGGACGCCCGGCGCGUACUACCGCGUCGACCCCGAUGGGAGGACGACGGGGAAAAGGUUGAAGAACACCAACGAGUAUAUCCACGCGAGUGUGAGGGCGAGGUUGGGUCUACAGGGGCCUGGCGUACAGGACAGAGGUAUCUACGAUCCUCCGGCGUUACGAGAUUGGACCUUUGACACCGAACACGUACCGGGUAACGGACCCGAUGGGUUGAUGGUCGUUUGGACGGACAGAGGUGGUCGAGGAAACAAAAAGGGUGGACAGGAUAAGAUCCCCGAGGCUAGGUUGAGUGAGACGGAAAUGGUUCUACUCAGGCAGAGUCCCAGGGUUUUUGAUUACGUCACGGACCUGAGACCACCAAACGUCAAACAUGAGAAGAGAAGGUCGAGAAGGCAGGAUCACGCGAAUGGCGGUGGAAUGUCGCCUCCUCUGGGUGCUGUGCCUCCACCGAGGAGAAGUAACAGGAUGAGUGCACCGCCCGAAGGGUACCCACCCAUGGACACCGACGACGAGAGGAGAAGACGGAAACAACAGAGAGACCCCGAUCGACAGAGACGACGGAGGAGUCGAAGAUAUGACGAUUGAUGGAGACAGGACAAGAAAAGGAUAAUGUCGUUCUUGGAUUAUCUUUGAGCAAGACUCGAAACGAGAAAGUCAUUUUUCUACCGAGUUAAGCGAGAGAGAGAGAGAGAAGCGACUACACUUUGACAUUUUUUGUCGAUGAAUGAUCAAACAUGCAUUUUGUUUUCUUAAGAAACCAGCAACAUUUCUGACCACAUUCAGGGAGGUGAUGAGUUUCGGGAUCUUUUUGGUCAUUUCAAGAUCUGUGUUGAAAAAGAUACAAAACGAGCAACAUCAAUGGCCACACUUCAAGUUGGGCAUCGACUACAUCUACAUCAUUUUGAUAUCGAGAAAGACGACUGACAACUGGUUUGCUCGACAUCCAUCACACUACGUACGGAGGAUACACAUUAUCAUUCAUGUACGGAAUAGACUAGGAGCGGUCGUAUCUAGUAUGAUAUCCAUUACGAUUCGAAAGGACUCGCGUUGCUACGAGAGUCCAAAAUCUUAACAUUAUUAAUUCUGAACAUCCGCUCUGGACGUCGUCUCCUUCAACAUCAACAGUCAAUUUUGGACGUACCCGUCUGAACCAAGUCAUACGAAGAUCAACAUCUCCUCGGCCAACGCGUUGUCCAUCUACGGCGCAAUAAUCACCUGCAAUCCCGGUCCGCUCAUCUUGGAGCAGGCAUCAAACGCCUCGGCGAAUUUUUCCAGAGGGAACUUGCCCACGGUCUUGAUCCCGUUCUUCUCACCGAGCUUCAAAAACCCAUUUUCGGCCAGCUUGAUCAUGGCCCGGACGUCCUCGCGUUCGUACAUCCACUUGGCCUUGAAGGUGAUGUCGUUCAACGUCAUAGUCAUGGCGGGCAAGGGCAACUCGAAAUGCGCGCCCAUGUAGCUGGCCCUCCCGCCGCGACGGAGGGCCCUUAUGCAGCUCUUGUAAUGCGGGCUCCCGAUGGCUUUGCCGGGCGAAAUGUCAAAAAACACAUCGGCCAUGUCUGUGCCGUCUUUCGUCAGUGACGCGACGUCCGCGUCGACGUCACCCGUAGUCUGAACGAUGUCUAACCGACCACCUUCCUCACUGUACGCGGGCCAGGACUUGAACACGUUCAGCGUGUCGAGGUUGCGGCCGACGGCCACCACUCUCGCGCCC